CGGUUGUCACGUGACUCGACUCCAAACAGGGCGGUCGCAACGCGCGGUAAGGCGGUUGCUAUGGGAAAGCAAGCGACGUUCCAGGCAUCUAAUUAGAGUAGGCGCUGUCUAAAGGGAGCAGCAAAACUAACGACCUCGUCACCCGUUUCACUCGUAGCAGACGACGGGUUCGGUUUUCGAAUGAUUGAUAGUGUGACGUAUGCGCAUUCUGUGGUCCCGCCCCACAGCAAUGGUGGCCGCUGACGAAAGCGCGGUGACGACGAAUCACGAUAGAGCAACUGAACGUUCGCAAAAUCAAGCUGUUGCUUGCGCGAUCGCGCCCUGGCAGUUUCGUUACUUUUGCUCGCGCGCGAUCCUGCUUAUGAGCGUAAUGUCGUCCCACAAGGACGUGCGAUUGGGCCCGCACGUCUCGCCACACCAACGGGACUUGCUGGUCGCAUUCAUGGAGAAGCAUGCGUUCCUCGUGACAGGGUCCCGCGUGCCCAGCCCAGAGGCUACGGUGGAACGCAAGAGAGAGCUGUGGGAAGAAAUCACUGCCCUGCUGAACGCUGAGGGCCCAGCGAGGAAGUCGUUUCGGAAGUGGCAGGCUUUCUGGCGCAAGGAGGUGUUCCUCGCCCGCCGCGAUUUCGCCGAAACCGGAAGCGGUGGCCGCCUAUCUGGUGUUCGUGGCCGCAUCAUGCAGUUAGUCGGCCCCGCAUCGGUGACUGGCCUGUGUGAGCAACGACGCUCUCAGCCGCUUGACGAGCAGCUCGCCAUGGACGUGUUUGUGGCAAGGCUGUUGGAGGACACAACGCCAGGCACCACCGGCUUGGCGAGUGAAACCAAUAUAGGAGUAGCAAACCUGCAACAGGCCGACAGCCAGUCCCAGAGCCCGCCAGAUGAGCUGACUGCUGGCCCCAGCUCUGCUGAAACCGGCCAAUCCCAACGAACGCAUCGCCAGUGUCGCAGUUCACGUCGUGUGUUGUACCACGAAGCCCUCUUGGAACGCGUAGCCAAAGACUGUGCAAGAACUGCGGCACAAAAUGAAGAGACAAACAAAAUCCUUCAUGGCGUUCUUAAGGGUGUGGCCCAGAUGGCCACGGCCUCGGUACGGCAGGCUUGGGCAGCCGAACGGAUGGCAGCAGCCGCGGAGAGACAGUCUGAACUACUGGCCGAUGUGCUUCGUCACGUGGGCCAGAUUUCGCCAUUGGUGGCCUUUUUGCCAGAAAAUGCUGCUGCGAGAGGACCGCAGUAGUUGCAACUUAAGUGCGCUAUGGAGAGAGUUGAUUCCCAAAGAAAGCUUCAUUGUUUGAGUUGCGAUGCCGAGAACGUGUAGAUAUGUGUGAUGUUGUGUGCUUAUUUCGAAUACGAGAUUCACCUUCGUUUAUCUUGUUUAGUACAAAGUUUGUGCAAGUUUCAUUUACCCAACUUUCUCGGAGGGAAAAAUAUGCGGGAAAUCAGUACCUCAGAUUUCACUGAACCGGCUAUCAUCAGUUUCUGCAUGAAGCAAGAAAUACAGUAGGAGCAGCCUUAUUGCUAUUAUAAGGAAAAUAAUAAAAAAAGACGCACAAGCUUUCGGCGCCGUACAUAAAUGAAUCAGGAUAUGUAACUGUUUUUUUCCUUUUUGUCGCUCUAGGAACCAACUAUGUGCAUCAGGAUAUUUGUCAUUACUCAUGAUUUUCAACAAUCGUCAAAUUUAUUAUAUUGUCGCGAGAGGAAACGGCAAUGCGUUCGCCUCAGAACGAAUGGCUGGGCUGCUUAAUUUCUUGUCAGGAGACGGCAACCACGAGCGUCAUCUUCGUCAUCUACCACAAAGAGAGCGUGGCAUUAUGGUACAUUUUCAUGCACUUAAUCAUCGUAGGGCACAUCUGUGAAAAAUUGGCUUCACGAUAGGUCACCGUAUUCACGUAGCAACAGAUGAACUGCGGGUGGAUAAACUCGGUCACAUUGUGUGAAACUGACUCAUGCCAUCUUUUCCAUGCAUUGAAGUGUAUAACGAGUGCUAGUCAGGCUUGUCUGAUAAUUCCGCGAAUUUCUUCACAGUAACUGAUACGCGAGUGGUUCUAGUUGCCGCGAUGUUGUGAUUCUGUGAUAUAUUUGCGUUGUCGAGGAAUGCUGCCUCAGCAAUACAUUUGUAAGUGACUCUACUAUGUGCCUUUAAAAGGAAGCUUUAGCUCGGGGCCAACUCCGGUGCCGUUUAUUGAAGUAGGCGUAAAACGCAGAAAUGCUUUUAUGACGCAACCCCGACGUAAAAGACGUUUCUUGCAUUUGAGAGAGCAACAUAAACUCUAGUGACUUCAGUGAAUUUCGAUUGAGGGCCUGGAAUAUUUUUCGCAAAUUCCAGAAAAUUGCUGAGUUAUAAAAAUAUCAGUGAAUCACGAAGUUCACAAAUUAAAAAAAAAUACACCAAAAACACCAAAUACACCAAAAACAAAUAUCGCAGUUUAGCAAACUACAUUGAUCAGUGCAUCUAAAGCGGAUACAUUAUAUAUACGAAUGUACAGGUUACGUGACUUUGUUACAAGCUUUACACAGAUUUUGCACAAAUUGCAAACACAAAUUACAGGCAUAUCAGUUCCCAAUCAGUUCGGGUAUAUCGCACCAGCUUUGUUCGCUUUAGAUGUCUUAUAAAUUCCAGUUUACGGAACUGUGAUAUCGUUUAUCAUUCCUUAGUUAGAAGUAAACUUGACAGCAUCAUUUCUUGAAAUAUUGCAAAUUCCAACAGUUUCGGCUAAAAAGGUAAUGGACGGCCUAAAUAGAAGUGAUACUUCUACAGUCACCCGAUUUUAAAUUUCUCCUUUAUGAAUGCUAUAAACCUCAUCAAAUUAGGUGUGCUAGUCACUGAGAAAUAUGAUUUCUCCGUUCCCACGGGUUUCGUAUAGGAGCUGCCGAGCUAAAGCUUUCUCUUAAUGCAGUUUUUCAGCAUAGCCGUACGUGCGACAUUUAUUAGUCUUGCUUACUGGGACAUUUUUCAUAAUAUAUCACGUAAAGCACGAA